ACGCGGAUCUGGACAGAGUGGACCGAGAGGCUCACAUGAGCGGUACCAGAACGGGCCUUCCUCCACGAGGGAGCGAACGCUUGACCUCUCUCCCUCGGCUGGGCCCGCGGAGGAUCCGCGGAGGCUUUUGGACGCAAGACGAGGGUAGCUCCGCCGUCCGCCGGUUGGCUCCGAGGUGCUGCAGGCGGCCUCAGCACUCUUUUCCAACGAAGCCCCCCCCCCCACAGAAGGCACAGCAGGAAGCUGAGUGUGGUGCGCGCGCGUGCACCUGGCGCGAGAUGGCGUCCUGGUGCUCGGCGACGCCGCGCCUCUUGCUGCUCGCGUCCCUGGCCCUCGAGUCGGCGGGGACCCGGCUGCGCAGCGCAGGCAGCAGCUCGGAGUCCCUGUGGUACAACCUGGACGGGUACGUUUACGGGGACGGCGCGAGCAAGCUAUCCAAGCCAACCGUGUUCUUGACCGCUGACGACGCGCGCGGCGACAGCGCCGCCGAUCUUGCCCUCGCUGCGUCCGAGGCGAGCAGGUCCAAGACGCGGGCUGGCCAGGAAUCCUUCGCUCAGCUCGGCCACAAGGCGCACAAGAGCAGGCGCCAGAUGCCAGGUGACGACUACGGAGACGGGUACGAGUAUGGCGACCGCGAGAUGAACGCGCGCAACGAGGACAGCGCGGACUACUCUGUGCACCAGUUCUUGGCCAACGACGACGCCCGGGAUGGGCCUGUGUCCACUGGCGACGACAGCGAUGCAGCUGCAGAGGUGAGGAGGUCCAGGGAGCUUGCGAGCCAGGACCACUUCAACAGCGAGAACACGCCGGCCGCAGAUGACGACUUCAUCCAGCUCAAGUCGAAGUCGCGCAAGAGCAGGCGCCAGAUGCCCGGUGACGACUACGGGGACGGGUACGAGUACGGCGACUGCGAGAUGAAUGCGCGCAACGAGGACAGCGCGGACUAUCCAUCAGUGCACCAGUUCUUGGCCAACGACGACGCCCGGGAUGGGCCUGUGUCCACUGGCGACGACAGCGACGCAGCUGCAGAGGUGAGGAGGUCCAGGGAGCUUGCGAGCCAGGACCACUUCAACAGCGAGAACACGCCGGCCGCAGAUGACGACUUCAUCCAGCUCAAGUCGAAGUCGCGCAAGAGAAGGCGCCAGAUGCCCGGUGACGACUACGGGGACGGGUACGAGUACGGCGACCGCGAGAUGAACGCGCGCAACGAGGACAGCGCCGACUACUCUGUGCACCAGUUCUUGGCCAACGACGACGCCCGGAUGAACGCGCGCAACGAGGACAGCGCGGACUACUCGGUGCACCAGUUCUUGGCCAACGACGACGCCCGCGACGGGCCUGUGUCCACCGGCGACGACAGCGACGCAGCUGCAGAGGUUGAGGAGGUCCAGGGAGCUUGCGAGCCAGGACCACUUCAACAGCGAGAACACGCCGGCCGCAGAUGACGACUUCAUCCAGCUCAAGUCGAAGUCGCGCAAGAGAAGGCGCCAGAUGCCCGGUGAAGACUACGGGGAAGGGUACGAGUACGGCGACCGCGAGAUGAACGCGCGGAACGAGGACAGCGCGGACUACUCUGUGCAUCAGUUCUUGGCCAACGACGACGCCCGGGAUGGGCCUGUGUCCACUGGCGACGACAGUGACGCAGCUGCAGAGGUGAGGAGGUCCAGGGAGCUUGCGAGCCAGGACCACUUCAACAGCGAGAACACGCCGGCCGCAGAUGACGACUUCAUCCAGCUCAAGUCGAAGUCGCGCAAGAGAAGGCGCCAGAUGCCCGGUGACGACUACGGGGACGGGUACGAGUACGGCGACCGCGAGAUGAACGCGCGCAACGAGGACAGCGCCGACUACUCUGUGCACCAGUUCUUGGCCAACGACGACGCCCGGGAUGGGCCUGUGUCCACUGGCGACGACAGCGACGCAGCUGCAGAGGUGAGGAGGUCCAGGGAGCUUGCGAGCCAGGACCACUUCAACAGCGAGAACACGCCGGCCGCAGAUGACGACUAAGGCUGGGCGGGCAGGUUCUGCAGUCCGUGCAUCGGCAUUGCUGCAGACCGUGCAUCGACAUUGCUGAGACGUAGCUGCGGGCCGCGCUUCGAGUUUACCAUUCGCCGUCGGCCGCAGGAAGGACUGUGGAAAA